UCAAUAAUAAUAACAAAACCAUCAAAACACGAGAUUGAUCACGUUUUCUUUUAAUUUUCAAUCAACUAAAACAUAGCGAUAUUCUCUUUGCAAUCAAGUUAGUUAACUAAAAAAUACUGUCCUUGCUGCUAAAUAAGAUUACUAUUAAUUGUCGGCAAAUAACGUUAAAAUGUCGAACGUAAAAAUUAAAGUAAUAAGUCGGAAUCCAGAAGAUUACUUACGGGCUACAAAGAGGGAUAUUCAUAAACUACCAAGAAAUUAUGAUCCCAGGCUCCAUCCAUUGGAGGGACCCCGUGAGUAUGUUAGAGCCAUGAAUGCAGUCAAACUGGAGAGGGUGUUUGCCAAGCCUUUUAUUGGUAAUUUGGAUGGUCAUUCUGAUGGAGUAUCUAGUCUGGGUAAACAUCCAAGUAGGUUGGCAAUUCUAGCAAGUGGUGCUUUUGAUGGGGAAAUCAGAUUAUGGGACUUGGCGAGUCGAAAGUGCACUAGACAUUUUACAGCUCACGAGGGUUGGGUCCGCUCAUUAUGUUUCACACCAGAUGGCCAGAAUUUUAUGAGUGUUGGAGAUGACAAGACCAUUAAAACUUGGAAAUCAGAAGUCUGUGAUGAGGAGGAUGAGGAACCUACAAAUACACUGUUGAGUAUGUCAGUUGUAUCUGGUAUCACACAUCACAGAUCUAAACCUAUAUUUGCCACUUGCGGCGAACAAUGCCAAUUAUGGGAGAACACAAGGAAUGAGCCAAUCAAAGUUUUUAAAUGGGGUGUAGAUAGUCUUCAUCAUGUAGCUUUCAAUCAGGUAGAAACCAAUUUACUAGCAUCAUGUGCAAGCGACAGAAGCAUCAUACUCUAUGAUUUUCGUGAGUCGGGGCCUUUAAGGAAGGUUGUAAUGGAACUAAGAUCCAAUGCUCUCUCAUGGAAUCCGAUGGAAGCAUUUAUAUUUACUGUCGCCAAUGAAGAUUACAAUUUGUACUCAUUUGAUGUUAGAAAACUAAAACAACCAAUUAAUGUUCACAUGGACCACACAUCUGCAGUCAUAGAUGUAGACUAUUCACCAACUGGAAGGGAGUUUGUGGCUGGAAGCUAUGAUAAAACAGUGAGAAUAUUUGAAAGCCUAAAGGGUCAUUCCAGAGAUGUAUACCAUACUAAGAGAAUGCAAAGACUCACAUGUGUCAAGUGGUCACUAGAUAACAAAUAUAUACUGACUGGAUCUGAUGAAAUGAAUAUAAGAAUGUGGAAAGCAAGAGCCUCAGAAAAACUUGGUGUACUGAAGCCACGUGAACGCACAGCAUUAAAUUAUUCAGAGGCUUUGAAGGAGAAGUUUAGCAACCAUCCACAAAUUAAAAGAAUUGCCCGUCACAGGCAUGUGCCCAAGCAUGUAAUGAAUGCCCAAAAGGAAAUUAAGACUAUCAGAGAAAAGAACAAGCGCAAGGAUGCCAAUAGACGUGCCCAUAGUAAACCUGGCGCAGUACCAUUUGUCGCUGAACGCAAGAAGCAUGUGGUUAAAGAAGAUGAAUGAAACUAUAAUAUUGCAUUUAUAUAUUUUUUUAAUACCACACAAUAAAUACUUGCAACCAUCA